AUGGGGAGGGGGCCGCUGGGGUCCAAGCGGAGGGUGGCGGAGGGCGGCACGGAGACGGAGCCGGAGGAGGAGGCGGAGUACGAAGUGGAGGAGUUGCGCGACCACAUCGCCUCCUCCCGCGGCAGCCGCCUCGCGCUCUUCGGCUCCGACCUCCGCCUCGGCCGCUUCCGCCCGCGCCGCCGCAGCAGACGCCGCCCGCUCGCCGGGGAAGGUGCCGUCGAGGGCUUCUUCCACGACCUCGUCAUCCACCCCGACAACAAGUGGUAUCGAUUAUGGAGCAAGUUCAUACUGGUUUGGGCAGUGUACAGUUCCUUCUUCACGCCCCUAGAAUUUGGCUUCUUCAGAGGGCUCCCAAGAAACCUCUUUUUCCUGGACAUAGCUGGACAGAUUGCAUUCCUUAUCGACAUUGUUGUGAAAUUUUUUGUGGCAUACCGUGACCCAGACACGUAUCGAAUCGUCUACAGUCCCACUGCUAUUGCCCUCCGGUAUUGCAAAUCAAGCUUCAUUUUUGAUCUUCUUGGUUGCUUCCCAUGGGAUUUUAUCUACAAGGCCUGUGGAAGUAAAGAAGAAUUAAGAUACCUGCUGUGGAUUCGCUUGACACGGGUUACAAAGAUUACAGAAUUCUUCUGGCUUUUAGAAAAGGACAUACGUAUCAACUACCUUUUCACUAGGAUAGUGAAGCUCAUAGUUGUGGAACUCUACUGUACACACACAGCAGCCUGUAUCUUCUAUUACCUGGCUACGACACUUCCUGAAUCAAUGGAGGGAUAUACGUGGAUUGGGAGUUUGCAGUUGGGGGACUACAAGUUUUCACAUUUCAGGGAGAUCGAUCUUACCACGCGCUAUACAACAUCAUUAUACUUUGCCAUUGUCACCAUGGCAACUGUUGGUUAUGGUGACAUUCAUGCUGUCAACAUCAGGGAGAUGAUAUUCAUCAUGAUCUAUGUUUCCUUUGACAUGAUUCUAGGAGCUUACCUGAUCGGUAACAUGACUGCCCUCAUCGUGAAAGGCUCGAGAACCGAGCGGUUUAGGGACAAGAUGAAAGAAGUGAUCAGGUAUAUGAACAGAAAUAAACUUGGAAAGGAAAUAAGAGAACAGAUCAAAGGACACUUGAGGUUGCAGUAUGAGAGCAGCUACACUGAAGCUUCCGUCCUUCAGGAUAUCCCUAUUUCUAUCCGUGCAAAGAUUUCUCAAACACUGUAUAAGCCAUAUAUCGAAAGCAUUCCACUGUUCAAGGGAUGUUCCGCAGAGUUCAUUCAACAGAUCGUCAUCAGGUUGCAAGAGGAGUUCUUCCUACCCGGAGAAGUUAUUUUGGAGCAAGGAAGUGCAGUCGAUCAGUUAUACUUCGUCUGCCACGGUGCACUGGAAGGUGUUGGCAUCGGUGAAGACGGACAAGAAGAGACUCUGCUAAUGCUGGAGCCAGAGAGCUCCUUCGGCGAGAUCUCAAUCCUCUGCAACAUCCCGCAGCCCUACACGGUCCGCGUCUGUGAGCUCUGCCGGCUUCUGCGUCUCGACAAGCAGUCCUUCACCAACAUCCUGGAGAUCUACUUCGUCGACGGGAGGAGGAUCCUGAGCAAUCUCUCCGAGAGCGAGUAUGGCGGACGGGUGAAGCAGCUGGAAUCGGACAUCACGUUCCACAUCGGGAAGCAGGAGGCGGAGCUCAUCCUGCGGGUCAAUAGCGCCGCCUUCUACGGCGACCUGAACCAGCUGAAAAACCUGAUCCGGGCAGGGGCUGAUCCCAAGAACACCGACUACGACGGCCGCUCCCCUCUGCAUCUCGCGGCUUCCAGAGGGUACGAGGACGUCGUGCAAUUCCUCAUCAACGAAGGCGUCGACAUCGACCUUACCGACCAAUUUGGGAACACGCCGUUGCUGGAGGCAGUGAAGCAGGGGCACGAACGGGUGGCAGCUCUGCUCUUCGCCAAGGGCGCCAAGCUGAGCCUCAAGAACGCCGGUACCUACCUGUGCACGGCGGUCGCCAAGGGGGACUCGGACUUCAUCCGGCGCGCCCUGGCCUACGGCGUCGACCCAAACUGCAGGGACUACGACCACCGCACACCGCUCCACAUUGCCGCCGCCGAGGGCCUCUACCUCAUCGCCAAGAUGCUUGUCGAGGCCGGCGCCAGCGUGUUCGCCACGGACAGAUGGGGCACCACUCCGCUGGACGAAGCCCGCAAGUGCGGAGGCCGCACGCUGGGGGCGCUGCUGGAGGAGGCGCGGGCCAACGAGCUCGCCAUGUUCCCAGAGCGCGGCGAGGAAGUCAGGGACAAGAUGCACCCGCGACGGUGCUCGGUGUUCCCGUACCACCCGUGGCGGGCGGCCACAGGCGAGGAGCAGCGUAUGGAGGGGGUGGUCCUGUGGAUCCCGCACACCAUCGAGAGCCUGGUCGCGUCGGCGCAGGAGAAGCUCGACUUGCCUGGCCCGGCUUCGCGGCUGCGGUUGUUGUGCGAGGACGGGGCCAGAGUGCUCGACGUCGACAUGGUCAAUGACGGACAGAAGCUCUACCUGGUCGGAGGCGAGGACGACGAUCAGAAAGAUGCUCAGUAG